AGCAUAAUGUGAAUCUUGUUAAGCGUGCUGUGUCAUUAAGUCGGGCAUUGAAGAAUGAAGUUUACAUUACUAAUAACUUAUAUCAUCAUAUAUAUAUUAAUUCCUUUGUUCCAGACGCACAGGUGACAAAAGCUUACAAUGACGGCGGAGAAGACCAAAGGGCAUUUCGCCAAAAUGCCACCAGCUACCAAGAAGGUCGCACCUGACGGUGGCUGGGCGUGGAUGGUCUGUUUAGGUGUUAGUUUAGUUAAUUUUUCUACCCGCUCCCUGGAGCCAUCGUUUGGUCUUCUCUUCAAAGACUUGCUGGAUGAUCUCGGCGUGCAUACCACUGGUGCAUCUGUUAUCGCAAGUACAUUGGACUCCGUCGUCAACUUCUCUGGGUUCUUCGUCGGGCCUGUUAUAAAGACUUUCUCCUACCGAAAAGUGUGUUUUGUUGGAUCAAUGAUAUGUGCGCUUGGGCUUUUGUUCACCGCCCCAGCGAACAGUAUGGGCCAUAUAUUGGCUACUUAUAGUACUUUAGGAGGCUUCGGAGUGGGCUUAGCAUCUUCGUCUUCCUUCGUAUCGUUAAAUCAUUACUUCUCCAAAAAGCGCGGUCAAGCGGUGGGUCUGUCCAUGGCGGGUACCGGUUUUGGCUUGAUGGUUAUGCCACAGUUGGUCAAACUCUUAUUAGGAGAAUAUGGAUUUAGAUGGACAGUAGUCAUAUUGGGUGCAUUGGCCUUCCAUGCUGUAUUGGGCUCUUGUUUACUCCAACCAGUAAAAAGGCAUUUGAAAGAGGUGCCUGUUGAUUGUGAAAUGCAGCAGGUUAAGGAAAUGGAGUGCAUACUCGAAAGCGACGAAGAAGCGGAAGACAAAUUCGAGAUUAAUCCCCUCGUAUCUCAUCCGAUGACGAAACUGACGCCACAGCGGUCACAUAGCAACAUGAACCAUCCGUCGGUCCGCACUGUAGGCAUGCCGCGUGCGAAGACGUGCGAUAAGCCGUUACCGGAAUUCGAGAAACAUUCGAAAUUUCUUGGAUUGACCACCGCCGCUUCUGUUGCGGCUAUGCCUCGUGUGACAUCUAGCGGGAGCAUGAGUGAGGCGGCGCGCAAGAGGAAAGCGUCUGUUAUAUCUAACAUAUCAAAUAUGGACUUCACGGGCAGCUAUUUGCAGCUGUACCUAGAUACAGCUGACGAAGAAGCUAUACAAAUGAAAGCAAUAAAAAAAUCCGAACCAGAGGAAGAAAAAAAGAAAGGUUUUUUGAAGAAGUUUAUAGCGCUAAUGGACUUAGAUCUACUGAAAGACUGGUCGUUUUUGAACCUUUUACUAGGUCUCUCACUUUUUUGGAGUGGAGAGUUACAAUUUAGGAUGUUGACACCAUUUUUUAUAAGAAGCUUGGGGUAUAACAUGAACGACACGGCGUUUUGCCUCUCCAUGACAGCCAUAACUGAUAUAUUGGUGCGGUUGAUACUACCCCCUAUAUUUGAUAGAACUACUAUAUCCAAGAAAAUGAUAUUUUUCAUAUCUGCGUUCUUUUUAGCGGCAACUAGAUCAGUUCUAGCCGAGCAAAGUGAAUGGGUGCCGUUGAUGAUCUGGCUGUCUAUCUGCGGAUUCUUCCGUGGCAUGUGUCUGAGUAACUUCACGCUGACUAUAUCAGAGUACUGUCCCCUGGAGAAAUUGCCGGCCGCCUUCGGUCUGCAUAUGGUUAGCAAAGGGGUCUUCGUUGUUGUUAUCGGCCCAAUAAUCGGUUACGUAAGAGACUACACAGGCAGUUUUGCGGUAUGUAUUCACGUACAGAACGCACUCAUCAUGUCCUGUGUGCUAGUUUGGGGCAUCGAGUACGCUCUCCAAUUUACUAGACGCAGAAAAGUGGUGCAGAUUUAGUGUUAGAUAGCCAGGUUCGUCGAAUAAACGCCUUAAUGUAUAUUGUUGUAAGAUUUAAUAUUGAUCAUUUGUAACGACUCGUUUUGGGACUUAACUAAAGCUAUUUUAAUUCAAACGAUAUUCGAUGGUUCGAAUUCAAAUUGUCUCGCUCUUUUCAGUCGUAUAUGUUUAAUGAAAGAAGGAGACAUAGCUAUAACGGUUAAUUAAGCUUACAGUUCAAUUUAGAAAGAUAUAAAAAUAUAGAUUACGUUUAUAUACACUUUUGCUUAGGUAUAAUCAUAGAAAAUAUUGUGGUUAUAUAAAUUAACCCUGUAACGAUUUCUUCCUUAAUGUCUUCUCUUCUCCAGUGCCACAAGCUAUCAUGACAUUUUGAAUGACUUUUAUUAAGUAGGUAUUGUAUAUUUAUAAAUGAACUAUAUACAGAUAAAUCAUGACAUCACGAAGACAACUAGGUGUCAAUGUGAAGUCUACUUAAGUAGAAAAUAAAUUUUAAUUAUUGUGACAAUUUAAACUUUUUGACUUGAUAUUUAAUAACAAUCAGCAUUAUUAAUAUAUUUAUAGGGAUUUUAUAGAACUAAUAAAAGGCAGCACGGUAUACUAGACCAAACAAUCUACUAUGUAUGAUCUUAAGACUUAAUUCAAAUUUAAUUAUCAUUUUAGUUUUAUAAUUAUCAUUUUCUAAUUUAGUAUACAUAAAUAUUAUGAUUUUUCUUAUUUAAAUUUAUGUGUUUUAUCUAAAGAUUUUUAAGGAUAAAUAUAAAAUAUAAUUACACUGAGACGUGAAUCGUUUUAAUGUACUUUGUACGACAGUAGUUAUAUUUUAAAUUAAUUUUCUACUAUAUUUUUAGAUGGCCCUUUGUAUUGAGAGGUUUCAUGUAGGUGAGCAUGUAUUUUUAGAUGCAGAAAUUUAUGAUGAUUCGGUAGUGGAUCUUUAGAUAAACUUUUUACUAAUGUCGAUAGAAGUAAUUUUCAACGAAUAUUAUUAUUUCUAUGAAUAGAAUAGAAAAUAAAGCUCAGUGUACUAGCUUUUAUUAUUUCCCUAUUAAAUUAGAUGUUGAUUAAAAUGUUACGGUUGAACGAAUUAUUUUUAUGC